GUGUUCUCGUCACUCAUCCACUCACUCUCCAGCCAGAGAAGAAAACAACAGCAAGCCUUCAAGAUGACGUCUUCUUCUUCCACUCGCUCCUUCAUGUCCACAUCAGGAUCCACCAGACGUGCUGGAAGUGUGUACGGUGGUGCCGGAGGAUCCGGGGUCCGCAUCUCUAGCUCCUCUGCUUCUCGUUCCUAUUCUUCUGUUGGUGGAGCAGGCUAUGGGGGUGGCUUUAACUUGGCCGAUGCUGUUGAUGUGUCUACAAAUGAAAAAGCCACCAUGCAAAAUCUCAAUGACCGCCUGGCCUCUUACCUGGAGAAGGUGCGGAUCCUUGAGAAAGCCAACACUGACCUUGAGCUGAAGAUCCGCCAGUUCCUGGACAGCAAAACUUCUCCAACCUCUCGGGAUUACAGCGCCUACUACGCCACUAUCAGUGAUCUUCAGACCAAGAUUCAGCACGCCACUGGUGUUAAUGGAGGAAUCUACCUCAGCAUUGACAACGCCAAGCUGGCUGCAGAUGACUUCAAAAUGAAAUUUGAGAACGAGCUCACCAUGAGACAGGCAGUGGAGGCAGACAUUUCUGGUUUGAGGAGAGUGCUGGAUGAUCUGACAAUGUCCAGAUCUGAUUUGGAGAUGCAGAUUGAGGGUCUCAAAGAAGAGCUGAUCUUCCUCAAGAAGAACCAUGAAGAGGAACUCUUGGCAACACGCUCUCAAAUGAGCGGACAGAUCAAUGUAGCAGUUGACGCCCCACCGCAGGAAGACCUCACGAAGAUCAUGGCGGAAAUCCGUGAACAUUACGAGGCCGUCGCUGCAAAGAAUCGCAAAGAACUUGACGUUUGGUUCCAGACCAAGACCGAAUCACUUAACAAAGAAGUCGCUGUGAGCACAGAAAUCCUCCAAACAUCAAAAUCGGAAAUCACAGAGGUUAAACGCACACUCCAGAGUCUUGAAAUCGAACUGCAAUCACAACUCAGUAUGAAAGCGUCAGUGGAAAGCAGCCUGGCAGAGACGCAGAGGCGCUUUUCUUCCAUGUUGUCCGGCUACCAGAAUCAGGUGACCGCCAUGGAACAGCAGCUGACGCAACUUCGUGGAGAUCUGGAGCGUCAAAGUCAGGAGUACCAGAUGCUUCUGGACAUCAAGACCAGACUGGAGAUUGAGAUCGCAGAAUACAGAAGACUCCUGGAUGGAGAGUCUGUGAGCACUGUCUCAACCACAAGCAAAUCCUCGACUACACGUAAAGUUGUGACCAUUGUGGAGGAGGUGGUGGAUGGUAAAGUGGUGAGCUCAUCUUCUCAGGCCACGAGCCAGACCACGACCAGCUAAAACACUCUUGAGCUAAAACAUCCAACUCAACAAAGUGAACCAAUAAACUGGUCCAAACGUGAA